AUGUCAUUUGGAGCAGGCCUGUCAAUGAUCAACUGGAGUACAGAAAACAUGCAGGAGUCUCAACCCAAGGAUCAUAAACUUUCAGACAUGGCAUCCAAACUGGUAAACCCAAAUGAUCCCCACAGCUGGAACUUGAGCUCUACACUAGAAGCAGCAUGUCCUGGAUAUGUGCCUUACAUUUCUCCUGGGGGGUCUGUGGCAUCAUUUUACAACAAUGGAGCACUUCAAGGAGAACUGGCAGCAGCACCAGGUGCUAAGUUAGCCUGCAAAGGGGCAGCCAAAGAAAGGGAGCUCUAUCGACUGGGCACUGGGCCCCAGCGACACAGGAGGCUGGCCGCCAAUGCCAGAGAACGACGAAGAAUGCAUGGUUUGAACAGGGCUUUUGAUCAGCUCCGUAGUGUGAUACCAUCACUAGAAAAUGAGAAGAAAUUGUCAAAGUAUGAAACUCUACAAAUGGCUCAAAUAUAUAUCACAGAGCUAACAGAGUUACUACAGAAUGUGAGCAAUGGAGACAGUUCUAGUGAUGAUGGUAGUCCUGCAAGUGCUAACAGAGGAGGGGGCAAAAGGUGUUGCUUCCCAGCAUCAACCACUACAUUUUCAUUCUCCAGCCUACCUGAAAGUCCUUCUGUCAUCUCUCUUGAUGAUCCAGACAUACCUGCUCCAUCAGCCAGUCACCUAAUAAUCCUAUCUCAAAGCAAGUCUAGCCUAAAGGACUGUAAGGCUUCAUCAUCGGGUAACAGUGGCAGUGAUGGUGAAUCGUCCCAAUCUAGUGACUGUGAUGAAGGACGGACAGCAGACAGUUGCUGCACCUUCUGA